GCGCUUCUUGCGCACUUCCUGCGCGCCACCGCGUGUUUGCGGCAUGGCGGGGGAGACGCAGUGCCUCAGAUACGCGGGCUGCAACUUCCUGCGGCAGCGCCUUGUGCUGGCUACGCUCAGCGGGCGGCCCCUUAAGAUUCGUAAGAUCCGCGCCAAGGAGGAGGAUCCCGGGCUCCGCGAUUUCGAAGCCAGUUUUAUUCGCCUGAUAGACAAAGUGACCAAUGGUUCUCGGAUUGAAAUAAACCAGACAGGUACUACCCUGUAUUAUCAGCCUGGUCUUCUGUAUGGCGGCUCAUUGGAACAUGACUGCAGCCCCACUCGUGGUAUUGGCUACUAUUUGGAAAGUCUGCUCUGCUUGGCACCUUUCAUGAAGCAUCCAUUGAAGAUUGUCCUGAGGGGAGUAACAAAUGACCAAGUAGAUCCUUCGGUUGAUGUCCUUAAGGCAACAGCUAUACCCCUACUGAAGAAGUUUGGCAUUGAUGGUAAAAGUCUGGAAAUCAAGAUCAACCGGAGAGGAAUGCCUCCCAAAGGGGGUGGAGAAAUAGUGUUUGCUUGCCCAGUGAGAAGGGUUUUGCAGCCUAUUCAGUUUACAGACCCAGGCAAAAUCAAGCGCAUCAGAGGAACUGCAUAUUCUGUCAGAGUGUCACCACAAAUGGCAAACAGAAUAGUGGAAUCUGCAAGGAGCAUCCUGAAUAAAUUCCUUCCCGACAUUUAUAUCUACACGGAUCAUAUGAAAGGGGUCAGCUCUGGAAAAUCACCAGGUUUUGGCCUGUGCCUUGUAGCAGAAACCAUCAAUGGCAGUGUUCUCAGUGCUGAGUUAGCCUCAAACCCUCAGGGGCAGGGAGCAGCUGUGCUUCCUGAGGAACUUGGCCAGAAUUGUGCUAAACUGCUGCUUGAGGAGGUCUACAGGGGAGGCUGUGUAGAUUCAACAAAUCAGAGCCUUGCUCUGCUCCUCAUGACCCUUGGACAACGAGAUGUUUCCAAAGUCCUGUUAGGACCUCUGUCUCCAUACACAAUUGAAUUUCUGCGACACUUGAGAAACUUCUUCCAGAUCAUGUUUAAAAUUGAAACAAAGUCCCCUGAGGAAGAGUACAUGGGUGGGGAGAAAGUCUUAAUGACAUGUGUUGGCAUUGGAUUUUCCAACCUUAGCAAAACUAUAAGAUAAGAAACAGCUGCAGACUUGGUGAAAUGGGGUGACAGAAAAUGCUGUGAAGAUCUGAUAAAGCCUGCCUUUCCUUGUGCUUAUCCUGGCACAGGGAAACUAGUGGUGAUUCCAGUGCAGAGGUACCCAAGCUUGCUGCAUGUAAACAGUGAAGCUGACUUUAGACUAUUUAGACUUGUGCUGUUUAUGUAUGCAGUGCCAGUAUUCUGUGCUACAUGGAAUGGAUGGCUAGAGUCUCAGCUGGCUUGGGACUCUUUGCACUGUAUUCCAGUGAAUGGGACAUAAGUGCCUGUAACGUCCCUGUGCCCUCAAGUCUUAAUGCAGGGGUGUUCUAGUUCUGUGUAUCUACAGACUUCGCUCUUAGCUUUUUCUGAAAGGUUUAGAUGAAGAGGGAAAAUUAAGAUUGACCAAAACAAGCUUUGCAGUGCAAAACAAAUGAUCACAACAGAAACAAUAGAUUCUUGAGGUAAUUGUAAAGGUGAUAUUGUCAUGGAAAUAAAAGUAAAGGGGUGACAGUAACAUUUGUUUAUACAUUGCAUGUGUAUAGAAUUUGUCAAAUACUUCACCCCUGCUUUCAUUGACUGAAUUAUGUCCCCAUCUGUGGCAGGGUGGUAGGGUUGGAGCUAGAUAAUCUUUAAGGUCCUUUACACCCAAACCAUUCUGUGAUAAAUUACAGUUUCAUGGGAAGAAAAAAAAAAACAACAACCCUGUCUUUUAGUUUUCCUUCAUGUUAGAAUUCUGCAGAAGAGAUCACAGCCUAUACUGACUUGCUAAGUUGGUACAGGUUGUGCCUUUACUGCAUCCUCUGCAAAGAUAGGCAUGAGAGGAGAAACCUUGAAGAUGUUUGUCUUGCUGUGUAUAUUCUUUUUAGGUUUGUUUGGCAUGCCACACACUGCAGUUCAUAACUAGUUGUGAAAGGCAGUAAAAGAAGCUGGAGGCUCUGAGGGAGAAAAACACGUUGUGCCAUCACAUCUUGUGCAGCUGCUCUGUUAUGAAACAGGGUAUUGGAUUGACAGGUGCAAAAAGUUUCUACCAGGAUAUAAGUAUUUACCGAAGAAAGACUUCUGGUAGAUUCCAGGCAAACCUGCUGAAUUUAAUGCUGAACUCCUGACACAAGGAGAGAAAUCUGUACUUGACUUUGAACUACACUCAAUGUGUCUGGGGUAAAAUAAAGCCAUGUCAAAACCUGGUA